AUUUCAUCCAAAUAUGACUUCGAGAGAACAACCAGUCAUAUGCUUCCGGCCGUUACAUUGGGACAUGAAUGACGAUCUCUAGUGCACCGGUAUAUGUUCCCUGGGUGAUGCGGUAGCUUGGCUUCCGGCCUUGUUACGCAUCGAGUAACGAUAGUCGGUAGCUGAGCCUUCUUCACUCUCCGCACUCCAAUUUCAUGCCAGAGGGGGUCUGCCCCCUUAAUCGUGGAAUGGUCUCUCACAACCGCAAUUCGGUCACCCUUGAGACACCAAUCCGACUCUCCCCAAGAGAUCGUUGCCAUUCUAGUCACUUACCCACCUCUACUUCUCCGUCACAAUGAAGUACCCUACUCUUCUCGCGGCUGCUGCUGUGCUCUUCACCAGCGCUCUCGCUCUGCCGAACCCAAACCCAAACCCAGAGGCUGGCCCCGAUGCCAACCCGCAGAUCUGCUAUUGCAACGUUGGGUGCUACGACACUUGUGGGCAGCCGUUCUGCUGCUAGGCUACGCAACCAGCUGGAUUCUAGGAUAAUUGAUUUUGGACAAAGCACAGGAAUACCCUCCUCGACACGCUACUCAGCUUGAGAGCGCUUGGGCUUGGCCGCUUGGGUUAUCUUAGGUACCUUAGGUACGCUUCGUACACGAUCAUAGCUGGAAGCAAUCGACGCUGUUUCCCGCUCGUUAAUGUAGACCAUUUGGAAACACUGAAUGUUCCUUUGAGAAGUUGUUGCCGGCCAUGGCUCGCCCGUAAAACAUAAAAGACAACGUUGCACAGUAAACAAAUGGGAGACGUGCCAGACAUUGAAGUACCUUA